GCAGCAUUGGCCGAACAAGAUGGCGGGUAGUGCACAGUUACUCUGCUUGGCAACCAGCAGUGGCGUGCCCCUGUACUGCAGGAGCAAGGGGGAGAGCAGGCAGCUUCCGUUCUCUGUGAUUGGUUCUCUAAAUGGAGUGCACAUGUUUGGGAGUAACCAGGACGUUCUGCUGACUAGCACCUGCACUGACGACACCAGGGUCUGUUGGAGAGUCUUCCAGGACAGCAUCACACUCAUCGUCAUGAGCUCUGAAGAAGAUGCCAGUGACCUUUACCUCAGCCGCCUGUUAGACAACGUGUUCAGUGCCAUGGUACUGGUGAUUGGCUUGGAUGAUCUGGUGAACCUCAAGAAUGUGGAGCGAUUGAAGCGAGAACUCCGGGCUUGUUACAAGUUGAUUGACAGUUUGCUGGCUGCAUCAGAUUGGAUUGGAGACCUGACGCUGUGCGUGGAUUGUGUAGUGUCUCCUGAUGCUGCAAUAUUGCAGGAAGCACUGGAAGUAUUUGUGGCUGCUGCGGAGAGCAACUUUGGGUGCCUCAUGGUCAAGGGGAAAGUGGUAGUGGCCACGGAGAAGUGGUGGCGACUGGCUGCCCAGGAGGUGGUGCUAUUGGCAUGGCUGGUUGGAUCACUGGCACCCAACUCAUCACGGGACUACCCCAUCUACUUGCCACAUGGCAGCCCUACCGUACCACACAGGCUGCUGACCUUUCAGCUGGUCCCUGGUGUGGAUGUGUGCUUGCUGUGUGGACCAACUCCAUCUUUACAGCAAGUUCAGGCAGAGUUAGUCGAACGGUUCUGGAGCCCAUUGCUUGAACCUUUAAAAACUUGUCUUCGGCUACAUCAGUGCUCUUUCCCAGCGUGCAUUCCUUUACACCACAGCAUAAUUGGUCUUCUGCUAAUAAACAGGGAACAGAACAAGAAUUUAUUCACCUUGCAGCCCCAUGGGGUCGAGAACAGCCAGCAGCAGGGAGCAAUACUCCCUCCUGAGAGAUGCAGAUCGGUUCUGCGGCAGUUUUACACUCUGGCUGUCUCUGCGUACUUUCCGGCAGAUACAAGUGAAGACAAGCCUGCUCUCCAUGAGGAAUUUCACACCGGCUUCACCCACUCACCAACGGAGUGCUACAUCGCCGCUGAGGACCACAAGUGUUACGGUAUUCAGACUCAGCAGCACCAGCUGUUCCUGACCUUCACGGCAGAUACCCCAACCUUUGCCCUGCGGAACAUUGCAACCAAAACGCUCAACUUACUGACAAAAGAAGUGCCUUUCUGAACAAGCUGGCCUUAAGCCCCUGAGAUGGAGAUGAAACAGAUAGCACCCACUUUCCAGCUCUCUCCACACCUUUCCCUAGGAGGCAUCAGCUAAGUAGACCAUCUGCCCAAGUGGUGUGGCUAUUGGAAUUGCUGAGGAGGGUGUUGGCUCAUACAGUCAGCACGCCCUGUUACUCAGAGUGGAAGAGAAUGACAUUUGCCAUGUACAUACCUCCACAAUGCUUGUGGUGUAUCGCCGGGCCCAAAAGUGGCCACAGUGAGUAUUUGUUUAAUGAUGACCCACGUUUCAGUGUAACCAGCUGUGCUGUACUUUGGACCACCUGGAGGGAGAGGGCGAACCCUGAGAGUCAAACAUCUGUGAAGUGCUGGGAAAAAGAAUGAAGGGGUUGUGGGGAGAGCACAAUGUGACUGUGCUUACUAGUAGAGGUCGAUUGCCCUCUUAAGCUUGUUCUACCAUCCAUCAAGAUCGUUACUGAUCGAUCACCAAACUUUAUACAUUCAGGCUUUCCCCUUUAUCCCUUAAUACUUUUUCAUUCAGAAAAUUCUAUCAGUCUUGGACUUAGCAUCAAUUCAUGGUUGCAGAAGAGACUUUCAAAUUCUCACGUGUGUGUGUAUAGAAAUAUUUCCCAACUUCAUUCGAGAACCCAGCUAUAGUUUUUAGACAAUGUCCCUUUAGUCCUAGAUGACUCGAACAGUGGCAAUAACUCUUCUCCGUCAACUAGCCAAAUUAUUUUGAACAGUUCACUGAACAGAGAGACUAAAUUGGCAUCUAUUGUUUAGAUGCCAGGACUAACCCAGAAUUGUUACAAGAGCAGUUUUGGAGGAAGAGAAAGACAUCCCAAAAUGAGGUUGAGAUGUGUUGUUAAAUUUAAUAAUUUUUUAAAAUCAAUUAACUGAUGAGGAUUCCUACAACAAUCUCUGAGGGGAGCUGUGCUUACAAAGCCCACCUGCCAUGAAAAGGAUGGUGUGUGCUGAUUCACUUAGAGCCCAGUCAGCUUGUCUUCCAUCAACAGGGAGUGGUGCUGGCUACUCCGUCUGACUAUCCUGAUGGCCUUCGUUGUCCUGGGUCACAGUGAGACAGCAAAUGCUUGUAGUGUUCUGCAACUGGAGAAGGUUGUUUUUUAAAAAAAACAUCUAAGUGGCAGGGUGGUUUGCUGUUACAGAAGUUUGUAGGGGCAUGUCCAAGAAGUGUAUGUAUACUGCUGAGAAUGUACCUGGGAUGAAGGUCUUAAUUCUGUUAUAAUGGCAUCGUGGGUUCUGACUUUUUCCAUUGUACCCAACCUUUUAAAGACCUACAAGAGAGCACUCUGUUGACUGUAUUUCCAGCUUCUUGCACAAUCCAUCAUUUCUAAUGAAUGGGCUGUGCAUCUAGUAUCAUCAGCAUCAAGUUCAGACGGAUACCUUAACAGCAAGGAUGCAAGAUAAGUGACUUAGCGAUCAUUCAGGAGUGUUUUUGUUUUAUUGGGACGUAAAGCACCCUAAUAACCCAUGGGACGAUUCUUAAGUCCUUAGACCAAAUGCCUUGCAUCUUGCAGGGACAGAUUGAAAAAUUGCAAGCUAGCCCGUUUUUAUCACCAUAUAAAUCCCAUAUGUGACAGAUGUAAAUCGAAUGUGGCUUCUCUGACACAUAAGUUUUGGUCCUGUCCUCUUUUGGAAAAAUAUUGGAAAGACAUUUUUAACAUUAUCUCAACUGUAUUGAGUAUUGAUUUACAACCUCCCCCUAUCACUGCAAUUUUUGGAUUACCAAGGAUAGAGUCUGGCCAUUUAUCUGCUUCCGCUAACAGUAUGAUUGCCUUUGUUACAUUAAUGGCCAAACGAUCCAUUUUGCUUAAAUGGAAGGAUCCAAUAUCCCCUACUACUUUUCAAUGGUUCUCUCAAACUAUAUCAUGUUUAAACUUGGAAAAAAAUUAGGAGUGGUACUGUUGAUCCUUCGCUUAAGUUUGAGGAAGUUUGGAGUCCAUUUAUUUAAUAUUUUCACAUGAUAUAGAUUCUCUUUCAAUAACUUUCCAAGUUAGAGGAAUGGAGUUGACGACAUAAUAUUGCUCUGUUUCUACUGAGAAAUUGCAGUCCAGUCUUUUUUUUCCAUUUUUUUCUUUUUUUAGUUUGGUUUGAUAUAUUGUUUAUAAUUUUUCUUAUUGAUUUUUUCCUUUCUUUUAUAUACAUCUUUUUCUUUCCUUUUUAUAUUAUAUUCAUUUACUGAGAGAUAGUGGGAUCUACCGAUUUUUUUUUAUAUUUUACUAUUAUUUAUGAUUAUGCCACGAUUGUUCUCCUGAUCUUUGUAUUACAUGUACAAACAUUGAUGUUAUAUAUUAAUCUAUUAAUUUGGAAACUAAUAAAAAAA